GAAGUGGUGGAAACGACACAUGAAGAAAUUGAAGAAGAAGGUGAGAAAACAAGUGAAAAGGGCCGUGAGAAGGGUGACCACUCGGCGGCGUCGCAGUCGUCGACGCAGGACCACGACCACCUCGACCUCGACCACGACGACGACCUCCACCUCCACGUCGACAACCACGACGACCACCACGU